CGGCUCUCUAUGGUGAAUGGGAGGAGCGGCGGGGCGCGGCGGGCGGCUGCUGCCCGGCGGCUCUUCCUGCCGGCACCAUGUCGCCUCCGAAGGAAAAUGUCAGCCUGCUGUUCAAGCUGUACUGCCUCACAGUGAUGACCCUGGUUGCUGCCACAUACACCGUGGCACUGCGCUACACCAGGACGGUGGGGGCAGAGCUCUACUUUUCAACUACAGCUGUGUGCAUCACUGAAGUCAUCAAGCUGUUCCUCAGCAUGGGUAUUUUGGCUAGAGAAUCGGGAAGUCUGGCAAGGUUAAUAACAUCUUUAAAAGAAAAUGUCUUUGGAAGUCCCAAGGAAUUGCUAAAAUUAAGUGUUCCAUCUUUGGUGUACGCUCUCCAAAACAAUAUGGCUUUUGUGGCUCUUAGCAACCUGGAUGCAGCAGUCUACCAGGUGACGUACCAGUUGAAGAUCCCCUGCACGGCAUUAUGCACAGUCCUCAUGCUGAACCGAACCCUUAGCAAACUGCAGUGGUUCUCUGUCUUCAUGCUGUGUGGCGGCGUUAUUCUUGUUCAGUGGAAGCCUGCUCAGGCUACCAAAGUGCAGGUAGAGCAGAAUCCAUGGCUAGGGUUUGGAGCCAUAACUAUUGCUGUACUGUGUUCAGGAUUUGCAGGAGUUUAUUUUGAGAAAGUACUGAAGAGUUCAGAUACUUCCCUGUGGGUGAGGAAUAUUCAGAUGUACUUAUCGGGGAUCGUGGUGACUUUGGUUUAUGUGUACAUGUCAGAUGGAGCCCAAGUUCUUGAGAAGGGGUUUUUCUAUGGCUAUACCUGCUUUGUCUGGCUUGUCAUCUUUCUUGCCAGUGUGGGUGGCCUCUACACUUCGAUUGUUGUGAAGUACACAGAUAACAUAAUGAAAGGCUUUUCUGCAGCAGCAGCCAUUGUUCUUUCUACUGUGGCCUCAGUCAUCCUCUUUGGUCUCCAGAUAACUGUUACCUUUACCCUGGGUGCUCUCCUGGUGUGCGUUUCUAUUUACCUCUAUGGAUUACCUCGACAAGACACCACAAAAAUCCAGCCCUCAGAGACUAAAAGUUCAAAAGAGAGACUUGUUGCUGUGUAAUGUCCCUGUAAUGGACAGACAAGAAAACAAAAAGGACUUUAAAAACAUAAAAACUGAAUUUUUUAAAUUAGCCUUAAGCUCAUUUUGAAAUGGUUUAAGGGGAUAGAUUAAAAACAGAAAAGUUCUUUCUUUUUCACGUGUGAAGUUACCAGCAGUUGGUACUGAGGCUUUUUUACUGCUGGGAGCUGGAUGGGUGUCUUAUUGAAGGCGUUCUUCAUUCGUGUCGGACACUGAGGAGUUCCAUUUACAAGGAAAGCAGAAUGAAGGAACUGAACACUCAAUUGUAUAUAAUGUAUAUAAUGGAGGAAAAUUGGUUCUUUCAGUGUAUUUGAUGAACUUUCUUUGCCCUGUGAGGGAAAAAAAUGCUGUAAAACUUCAAAAAAAAAAACCUUCUAAAAAGAGCAAUUACUGCCAGCAUUUUUUCUUAAACCAUUUGGCAGCUCUGAUUAAUCACAGGAGAGGUUUCUCUUCUAGGUAAUAUGUAUCAUAUGAACAAAGUACUUCACUGGUGUUCUUAGGAUGAUUUGUAAUGCUUUUUUCUUUUAUGCAGUUGAGUAUGAGGUGUCAGACUAGAAGAUGAUCUGUGCACUUUUUCUCCAAACUCUUUUUGCAUAACAAAGUGGUGCUUGAAAACAGUUUCCUGUAGUGCAUGUUAUGCUUUGAUUUAAUUGAAGAGUGCCAACUGUAUCAUUCCAACCCUCCGUGAUGCCUCACUCUGCUCAACCCUUCCUGAAAAUGUUAGCUAUGUUUAGGGAAAACUGAUUUUCGGGCACUUGUUGAAAUUGAAAGUGAAGGCAAAAAUCUGAUCAAAUCUCAUUUAAAUUCCUUCAGACCUAAGCUAACUGGCUGAGUUUUACUUCAGUGUGGGGCACAUUCAACACAGCAAUAACCAAGAUACUUUAAUUCUGUUCCAGGGAGAGAGGAUGUUCCUCUCUGCCUUCUGCUGACUGUUCUGUGCAUUUGGGACAGAGCACAGCACUAAAGUGCCACUCAGGUAUGUCAGCCCCUUUGGUAGCAGUGGGUGCUGCCUGGCACUUCAGAGGCUGGAGCAGCCAGCUGCACUGAUUUUGGUGUGAUGUUCCAGCCCCCUGCAGCCACACUAUGCUCUGGCACUGCCAAGCAGCACUUUUAUUCCCUCUCACUGUGAAGAGGGAGCACUGAUGUUUCCUCUCCACCCAUCUCCACCUCAGUCAUUAGGUGAGUGUAACAGAGGAACAGGAGUGGACAGAUUUGGCUGUCCUGGCUGAUGAAGGGGGAAUGCAAUACAACAUGAAAAAUGUCUGACACGUGUGAUUAAUUGGGUCUAUUACAAUCCCUGGUGCAGCUGCAUCCCUCCUACCAUGAAGCUUAAGCACACAGUGGCAACUGCAGAAGGAGAGAACUUCCAUUGCUUAGGGCAGUACAGUGUAAUAUCACUUCCUCUACUAAAAGGAUGCAUUAUAUGUACAAAGGCAAAUACAGAACAGUUGUCUUUUAUGGGAACUACUACACCCUACUGUCUUAAAUACUCUGCUACUAUUGUAUGGAAAAAAUUACUUAUGACAACCACUGCCUCC